AUGCUGCCGACCCCAUACAUCAAGUGUGACUAUGAUAAAGUGUAUGAACCCAGUGAAGAUAGUUUUCUGCUAUUAGAUUCUCUAGAAAAAGAUCUAGAGUAUUUAGCUCAAAAGUUCAAAAAUAAGUUAGCCUUGGUAUGUGAGAUUGGUCCAGGUUCAGGGAUAAUUACCACCUUCAUGAUUCAAAAUCAUAUACCGACAACUAACAAUAAUUCCGUUUAUUAUGCCUUCGAUAUUAAUCCGUGGGCACUUGAAGCUACGUUAGAUACUGUGAAACUAAAUAGGGCAAAAGAUAACGAUAAUAAUAAUGCUGGCAGUAAAAGUAGUCUAUUAGAACCUGUACAAGUGGAUCUCACAUCCUCUUGGAGAAGCAAUCAAAUAGAUCUUCUUGUUUUUAACCCACCAUAUGUUCCAAGUGAAACUAUUCCAACUAGACCUGAAAGGAAAGAAGAGUUAGAUACAUGGGUAGAUCUUGCUUUAGAAGGUGGGAAAGAUGGUAUGGAAAUUACAAAUCGUGUACUGGCUCAACUAGAUACUAUACUUACUCCGAAUGGUAUUGCUUAUAUCUUAUUUUGUGCCAGGAAUAAACCUGAAGAGAUUAUAAAAUCAAUGAAAGAAAAUGGUUACAGUAACUGGAAUAUAGAAUUGGUGAAAAAUAGGAAAGCUGGAUGGGAAGUACUGAGCGUAUAUAGAUUCUCGAGAUGUUAA